CGAGCGCACUCGCUGCAUAUCAGAGGCUCGGCGCUGCGCGCUCCUCCUCGCUCCCGCUCCCCGCUCCCGGGAUGUGUCUCCGCCGUACGACGGGCUAUGGCCACCACGACUUCCGGGUUCCGUCAUUUCGUUCUCCCGCCGCCGACCCGCGCCGCCAAACUGAGGCUCUUCUAUAAACCAGGCAGCAGCCAACCUGCCAACACCUACUGACACUCACUCAUCUCCCAGAGAGAGAAAGAGAGCGCGAGAGAGCGAGCGCGAGAGAGCGAGCGCGAGUGAGAGCGAGCGAGCGAGAAAGAGAGAGAGGGAGAGACAAAAUACCUACCAGGAAAGGGGGGGAGGAAGUCCAAUUUUUGCAAACUAUUAAUUUUUUCUUGAUUUUUUUUCUCCUUGACUUCUUUGAACAAUACUUUAAAGAGAGAGGAUCAUAUUAGAGCUAUUUCGGGGCAAAGCUAAAAGAGGGGGGGAGGGGGGAGGAAAAAUUCAAGAAGCAGAAACCCCUCGCGGAGUUUUACUGGAAGAAAAAAAAAAUCCGGUCUGAAAGAUUCCUCCUCUUCAUCAUCAUCAACCAUCAUUCAUUCACUACCUUGACAUUCCGGGCUUUGAUUGACAGCUGGAGUGGCAAAAAGCCAUGAAACACGACAGUUCGGUUACAUGUGGGCUGCUGACGGGUCGCUCCUAACCUUCAGUUCGGGGGCUUGAUAAUUUUUUUUUCUUCUUUUUCUUCUUUUUCUUUUCUUUCUUUUUUUCCCAACUAAGAGGAAGAGAAGAGAAAGAGGGGUAAAGGAGGACCGAAGAGGAGGAGGAGGGGAGGGGGGAGGAGGAGGAGGUGGUGGAGGAGGAGGAAGAUCAGGAGGAGGAAGAAGAGGAAAAAAGAAAAAGAAGAAAUAUCACAGGAAAAAUAAUUCUUCGUUUUCUUGCCUGGGCUUCCCCCAUCCCCCUAAAAAUAACAUAUUGGAGAAUUGGGAGAAGUCUCUUUGGUUUGGAAAAAAAAAAAAAAAAGGAAUCUUCAGCCUAGAUCACUUUCUUAUCCGGACUGGGAUAUUAAAUAUACGACAGAUCCAGGAGUUUAUUGGAGCGCAGACUGAUGGCGCAAAGGUACGAUGAGCUACCCCAUUACGGCGGGAUGGACGGAGUAGGGGUUCCCGCUUCCAUGUACGGAGACCCUCAUGCGCCGCGGCCGAUUCCCCCGGUUCACCACCUGAACCACGGGCCACCGCUCCACGCCACGCAGCACUACGGCGCGCACGCCCCGCACCCCAAUGUCAUGCCCGCCAGCAUGGGAUCUGCUGUCAACGAUGCCUUGAAGCGAGACAAGGACGCGAUCUACGGGCACCCGUUGUUUCCUCUGUUAGCGCUGGUCUUUGAGAAGUGCGAGCUGGCGACCUGCACUCCCCGGGAACCCGGAGUGGCCGGCGGGGACGUCUGCUCCUCCGACUCCUUCAACGAGGACAUCGCAGUCUUCGCCAAACAGGUUCGCGCCGAAAAGCCUCUUUUUUCCUCCAACCCAGAGCUGGACAAUUUGAUGAUACAAGCAAUACAAGUACUAAGGUUUCAUCUUUUGGAGUUAGAAAAGGUCCACGAAUUAUGUGAUAACUUCUGCCACCGGUACAUCAGCUGUUUGAAGGGAAAGAUGCCCAUCGACCUUGUGAUUGACGAGAGGGAUGGCAGUUCCAAGUCAGAUCAUGAAGAACUUUCGGGAUCAUCCACAAAUCUCGCUGACCACAACCCUUCAUCUUGGCGAGACCACGAUGAUGCAACCUCAACUCACUCAGCAGGCACCCCGGGACCCUCCAGUGGGGGCCAUGCUUCCCAGAGUGGAGACAACAGCAGUGAACAAGGCGACGGGUUAGACAACAGUGUAGCGUCACCUGGCACAGGUGAUGAUGACGAUCCGGACAAGGACAAGAAACGCCAGAAGAAAAGAGGCAUUUUCCCCAAAGUAGCAACGAAUAUCAUGAGAGCGUGGCUCUUCCAGCAUCUCACACACCCGUACCCUUCUGAGGAGCAGAAGAAACAGUUAGCUCAAGACACAGGACUGACAAUUCUCCAAGUAAACAACUGGUUUAUUAAUGCCAGAAGGAGAAUAGUACAACCCAUGAUUGACCAGUCAAAUCGAGCAGGUUUUCUUCUUGAUCCUUCAGUGAGCCAAGGAGCAGCAUAUAGUCCAGAGGGUCAACCUAUGGGGAGCUUUGUGUUGGAUGGUCAGCAACAUAUGGGGAUCCGGCCUGCAGGACCUAUGAGUGGAAUGGGCAUGAAUAUGGGCAUGGAUGGGCAAUGGCACUACAUGUAACCUUCGCCAUGUAAAGCAAUCUCAAGGCAAGGGGGAAGUUUGCAGAGCAUGCCAGGGGACUUCGUGUCUCAGGGUGGUCCUAUGGGAAUGACUAUGGCACAGCCAAGUUACACUCCUCCCCAGAUGACCCCACACCCUACUCAGUUAAGACAUGGACCCCCAAUGCAUUCAUAUUUGCCAAGCCAUCCCCACCACCCAGCCAUGAUGAUGCACGGAGGACCCCCUACCCACCCUGGAAUGACUAUGUCAGCACAGAGCCCCACAAUGUUAAAUUCUGUAGAUCCCAAUGUUGGCGGACAGGUUAUGGACAUCCAUGCCCAAUAGUAUAAGGGAACUCAAGGGAAAAGGAAACACACGCAAAAACUAUUCUAAGACUUUCUGAACUUUGACCAGAUGUUGACACUUAAUAUGAAACUCCAGACAGCUGUGAUUAUUUUUUACUUUUGUCAUUUUUCAUCAAGCAACAGAGGACCAAUGGGACAAGAACACAAAUGUGAAGUGAUGGGCUCAUUGAGACAAUUCUGUCCAUGUAAAGAUCCUCUGGAGAAAGACUCCGAGAGCUAUAACUACUGUAGCAUAAACAUAGGGACUAAGUUAAACUUGUACAUUUCUGUUGAUCACUCCGUUACGUUGCCUCAAAUAGUUUUAGAAGAGAAAAAAAUAUAUCCUUGUUUUCCACACUAUGUGUGUUGUUCCCAAAAGAAUGACUGUCUUGGUUCAUCAGUGAAUUCACUAUCCAGGAGAGACUGUGGUAUAUUCUAAACCUGUUGGGCCAAUGAGAACAGAACCACGCUGGAGAGCGAGAUGGACUCUUGGCUGACCCUCAUCACUCCAACUCCAGCAGCAAGAAUGUGUUUUCAUGCCCAGCCUUUGUAUCCCCAUCAAUGUGUCCUUUAGUUUCAAACAGAUCUUUAUAGUUUGUGUUUCAUAAGCCAAUUCUUAUUAUGAUUUGGGGGCACUCUUCUUCAAAGAGCUUGCCGAUGAAGAUUUAGAGACAGAGCAGGAGCUUCGUCCAGUUCCGAGCCUUGGCUGUGGACAAAACAAUCUUAAGUUGGGCAGCUUUCCUCAACACACACACACACAAAUUAUUCAUGGUCACUGCGCCAUAACUAAGACUUUAUCAGAAACUCAAAGCUUGGGGGAUAAAAAGGAGCAAGAGAAUACUGUAACAAACUUCGUACAGAGUUCGGUCUAUUAAUUGUUUCAUGUUAGAUAUUCUAUGUGUUUACCUCAAUUGAAAAAAAAAAAAAAGAAUGUUUUUGCUAGUAUCAGAUCUGCUGUGGAAUUGGUAUUGUAUGUCCAUGGAAUCUUCUUUUUUCAGCACGUGUUCCUCACUAGAAGAAAAUGCUGUUACCUUUAAGCUUUGUCAAAUUUACAUUAAAAUACUUGUAUGAGGACUGUGACGUUAUGUUAAAAAAAAAGGUGUUAAGUCACAAAAUGCGGUAAUAAAUAUUUCAUUUUUGAUUUUU